AUGAACUCCUAUUUCGAGCAGGGUGGUUUCUACGGGGCGCACGGCGUGCACCAAGGUGGCGGUGGUGGCGACCAGUAUCGGGGUUUCCCACUUGGUUUGACUUACGCACAGCCCCACGCGCUGCAUCAGCCACGGCCCCAGGAUUCGCCUUACGACGCCUCGGUGGCGGCUGCAUGCAAGUUAUACGCCGGGGAGCAACAGUAUGCUAAAGCGGACUGUUCGAAGGCCGGUGGGGAGCAACAAAAUGGUUAUGGUGGAAAGGAGGCAUGGGGUGCUGGUUUAGGAGCGUUGGUUAGACCUGCUGCUUGCACCCCAGAAGCCCGAUAUAGCGAGUCAUCAAGUCCGGGUCGGGCUUUGCCCUGGGGAAACCAGUGUGCGUUACCUGGAGCCGCGGCCAGUACGCAACCAGUCCAACAUCAACCCACCAACCACACCUUCUACCCUUGGAUGGCCAUUGCAGGAGCAAACGGUCUCAGGAGGCGGGGGAGACAAACCUACACCAGAUAUCAAACGCUAGAGUUAGAGAAAGAGUUUCACACGAAUCACUACCUCACGCGAAGGAGACGCAUAGAGAUGGCGCAUGCACUAUGUCUCACGGAGAGACAGAUCAAGAUAUGGUUCCAGAAUCGAAGGAUGAAAUUAAAGAAGGAGAUACAGGCUAUAAAGGAAUUGAACGAGCAAGAGAAACAGGCGCAGGCACAGAAAGCAGCCGCGGCUGCUGCGGCGGCGGCCGCCGCGGCCGCGCAGGGCCAUCCAGAACACUAG